AUGUCGGGUGUGUAUAACCGGGUGGGGAAGUGUGGCAGCCGGACAGUGCUGAUCCUGCUGCGGCUGCUGUCGGAGAAGCACCAGUUCAACCUGGUCUCCUCGGAGAUCCACAACCGGACCCGCCUCACCAAGCACGAACAGAACGGUCAUAUAUCAGCUCCCCUCGGCCAUGCGGCGCAAGGAAAGCUCUCUCUGCCAGAGAAGGGAAGCAAUUCGUCUGGUGAAUCCACGUUCCAGGAUGACCAUGGACCGCCAGUAGCCAGAGUGCUGCCGUUCCCGAGUCAGGUGGUGUAUAACCGGGUGGGGAAGUGUGGCAGCCGGACAGUGCUGAUCCUGCUGCGGCUGCUGUCGGAGAAGCACCAGUUCAACCUGGUCUCCUCGGAGAUCCACAACCGGACCCGCCUCACCAAGCACGAACAGGUGGAUCUCAUAAAGAACAUCAGCAACAUGCCACAGCCGUUCCUCUACACGCGGCACGUUCACUUCCUCAACUUCACCAGGUUUCGGGUGGAGGAGCCCGUCUACAUCAACAUAAUCCGGGACCCGAUCAACCGCUUCCUGUCCAACUACUUCUUCCGGCGGUUCGGGGACUGGAGGGGGGAGCAGAACCACCUCAUCCGCACGCCGGGGAUGAAGGACGACGAGAGAUACCUGGAUAUCAAUGUGUGCAUCUUAGAAAACUACCCAGAGUGCUCCAACCCCAGGAUGUUCUACAUCAUCCCCUACUUUUGUGGUCAGCAUCCACAAUGCAGGGAGCCAGGAGUGUGGGCCUUGGAGAGGGCCAAGCAGAACGUGUUGGAGAACUACCUCCUGGUGGGGAUCCUGGAGGAGCUGGAGGACGUGCUGCUCCUGCUGGAGAGGCUUCUGCCCCACUUCUUCUCAGGGGUCCUCAACAUCUACAAGAGCCCUGACUACAAGAAGGCGGGCAACAUGACGGGCACGGUGCGCAAGCACACGCCCACGCUGGAGGCCCUGCAGGUGCUCUACCACCGCAUGCGCUACGAGUACGACUUCUACGGCUUCGUCCGCGACCAGUUCCACCUGGCCAAGAAGAAGAUCGGCCUCAAGUCGGCCUCACGCCCCUCCGCCUACUCCCACGACUUCCUGCGGGACCUAGUCCUCCGCACCCCCGAGCCCAUGGCGGAGGAGGACGACGAAGAGGAGGAGGAGGAGGAGGAGGAGGAGGCGCAGGACACCACCCUCGAGGACGCCGCCAGCUGGCUGGUGAACCCCUGAGGACGCCCGCGCCGUGGCGGACUAAGGCCCGGGGUGUGGGGGCCUGUACUGGACUAGUGGGACAGGGGCCGGAACACCAGGGUGGAGGGGGUUCUCCCCCCUUAAUGGAUCACCCUGGUGGUGGGUGGGUUGGUCGGUUGCUCAGUGUUGGUGUGUGUGUGUGUGUGUGUGUGUGUGUGUGUGUGUGUGUGUGUGUGUGUGUGUGUGUGUGUGUGUGUGUGUGUGUGUGUGUGUGUGUGUGUGUGUGUGUGUGUGUGUGUGUGUGUGUGUGUGUGUGUGUGUGUGUGGGAAAAAGACUCUUUCUAUGGCGAGGACUGGACGUGUGGAGUGAAUAGAUCGGG